AAUACAUACAGUGUAUAGAUACAGAGGACAGGCCCGCCAUUGCUGAGGUUGAUAAACAAUUCAAAGCAGUGGCCACCAACCCCUGCAAUUGUUGCGGUGACGAACUUGACGCAUUUUUCUAUACCUGUUGGUUCGUGAAAUCCAGCAAGUGUUGUCAGCUCGUGCCGAUCGCGUGUUGUAGCCCGGAACUGUGUCGGUGGUUUCGUCUUCGUGGUAUCAUUUCCAGCUCCGCUGUUUGAGUGCGUUUACUGGUGGGGAGUUUGAGACAGCGUACAGUUCACAAUGGCGACUGGAGCUGUUCCUGCUUCAUUUACAGGUCUCAGAAGCAGAGAUCACCCGCGCCUGGGAUUUGCUAAAUGUUCUGAUUUUGUUAGAAUCUCUGACUUGCAAAGGGUGAAAUGCCGCGGCACGAAGGUUGCUGUUAUCAGAAAUUCAGCAAAUCCUGGGUCAGAAACUGUUGAACUCGAGCCAGCAUCAGAAGGAAGCCGACUGUUGGUUCCACGGCAGAAAUACUGUGAAUCCAUACACAAAACUGUCAGGCGAAAAACCCGCACAGUGAUGGUUGGAAAUGUUGCUCUUGGUAGUGAGCAUCCAAUCAGAGUUCAAACGAUGACCACCUCAGAUACAAAGGAUGUUGCUGGAACCGUAGAGCAGGUGAUGAGAAUAGCAGACCAAGGAGCAGAUAUUGUCAGAAUCACUGUGCAGGGGAGGAAAGAAGCAGAUGCAUGUUUUGAAAUUAAAAAUUCCCUUGUUCAGAAGAACUACAACAUCCCCCUGGUUGCGGAUAUUCAUUUUGCCCCGCCUGUCGCCCUGCGAGUUGCUGAAUGCUUUGACAAAAUUCGUGUUAAUCCAGGAAAUUUCGCUGACAGAAGAGCCCAGUUCGAGACACUAGAAUAUACAGAUGAUGAUUAUCAAAAAGAACUUGAGCAUAUCGAGAAGGUUUUUACUCCCCUAGUAGAAAAGUGUAAAAAAUAUGGGCGUGCUAUGCGAAUCGGGACAAACCAUGGCAGUCUUUCAGAUAGAAUUAUGAGCUACUACGGGGACUCACCGAGGGGAAUGGUUGAGUCUGCAUUUGAGUAUGCACGAAUAUGCCGGAAACUGGACUUCCAUAAUUUUGUAUUCUCAAUGAAAGCAAGCAAUCCUGUAAUUAUGGUUCAGGCAUACCGUCUUUUAGUUGCUGAAAUGAAUGUUCUGGGAUGGGAUUACCCGUUGCAUUUAGGAGUGACUGAAGCAGGUGAGGGUGAAGACGGGCGGAUGAAAUCUGCCAUUGGCAUUGGCACACUCCUUACGGACGGUCUAGGCGAUACCAUCCGAGUCUCCCUAACUGAACCUCCUGAGAAGGAGAUAGAUCCUUGUAGAAGAUUGGCUAACCUUGGCAUGAGAAGUUCUGAGCUUCAGAAAGGAGUGGCACCGUUCGAAGAGAAGAAUAGACGCUAUUUUGAUUUCCAGCGUAGAACUGGUCAGCUUCCUGUUCAAAAGGAGGGCGAUGAGGUUGAUUAUCGUGGCGUACUUCAUCGGGAUGGCUCUGUUUUGAUGUCAGUUUCUCUGGAUCAGCUAAAGGUGCCCGAACAUCUGUACAAAUCUCUAGCAGCAAAACUUGCAGUUGGAAUGCCAUUCAAGGAUCUCGCUACUGUAGACUCAAUCUUGUUGAGAGAGCUCCCGCCACAAGAGGAUAAAGAAGCUCGCCUAGCUCUCAAGCGGUUGAUCGACAUAAGUAUGGGAGUUAUAACUCCUCUUACAGAGCAGCUGACAAAACCUUUGCCAAACGCUAUGGUGAUGGUAACGCUCCAGGAGUUGUCCACCGGAGCCCAUCAGCUUCUCCCAGAAGGUUCACGUUUGGUAGUCACUGUCCGUGGCGACGAAGCAGAAGACGAGCUGGAAAACUUGAAGAGCGUUGAUGCCACAAUGAUUCUUCAUCACCUACCAUCCGAUGAAGAGAAAACUACCCGAGUUCAUGCUGCCAGGAGGCUUUUCGAGUAUCUUUCAGAGAACUCGUUGAACUUCCCGGUAAUCCACCAUAUACAAUUCCCCGAACAAAUCCACAGGGACGAUUUAGUCAUUGGUGCAGGGUCAAAUGCGGGAGCGCUGCUGGUCGACGGACUGGGAGACGGGAUCCUAUUGGAAGCUCCGGAUAAGGACUUCGAAUUCCUAAGAGAUACGUCUUUCAAUUUACUCCAAGGCUGCAGAAUGAGGAACACAAAGACGGAAUACGUCUCAUGCCCGUCCUGUGGAAGAACAUUGUUUGAUCUGCAAGAAAUCAGCGCCGAGAUUAGAGAAAAGACUUCUCACUUGCCCGGAGUUUCGAUUGCCAUCAUGGGUUGCAUUGUGAACGGGCCCGGAGAAAUGGCGGAUGCAGACUUUGGAUAUGUCGGCGGUGCUCCCGGAAAGAUCGACCUUUACGUCGGGAAGACGGUGGUGAAAAGAGGCAUUGCGAUGGAACAGGCUACGGAUGCGCUGAUCCAGCUGAUUAAGGACCACGGUCGUUGGGUCGAUCCGGAAGCCGAAGAAUGAAUAAUAAUUGUAAGGGGAAUGUAAGUUAACAUGAUGAGUUGAGUUAUUGUAAACAUGUUGAAGCUUAAACCAAAACAGAUUGUUGAAUAAAACAGAUCAGCUGUUGGGUGGA